AUGGCUGAAAUGAAUAAUUCCUCGUGGAAGCCCACGAUAUUGGAAACAAAGCCGUUCUCCCUCGACAGCGGACACUAUACAGCCCUAGCCUUCGUCCUCGCCGUCUGCGUCCCACAGGCCCCCCAUGGAACUGCACUUCGCUAUGGACUGCUUCUUCUCCAAAUUACUUGCGCAGUACAGGCAUUCCUUGCCCCGCCACCUCCAGUACCAGACCGGGCCAUCCUCUACUCGUCGGGUGUGCUUAUGGGCAAUAUGCUAGCACGCUACUUUGACCGAUUGUACACCACCAUUCCAGAGAAGACACUGCACCGCAUCAUCGACCCCCAAACUCCCGAGGAUACAGCCAAGCUUUCCGCACCUGAGCGCCUUUUCUGGGCCCUGGAGCUCUUCAGCGUCACCCGCGGUAUCGGCUGGAACUGGCGGGUCGCCGGCAUUCCCCAGUCCCCACCGCCAACCACCAGAUUCCAAUUCGCUGCAGCCCAACUCUGCAGAUGGACCGCCAUGUACGCGGGUCUACAUCUCGUCAACGUGACCUGUCAGAUCGUAUUGUCAAGCCCAAAUGCCAUCCCCUCGCUCCCGGGCAAUUUGCACAUCUAUGCCCUGAUUGUGUGCGGCUGUGCCAUCACAAUAUACAGCCAUUUCGGUAUUCUCAUGCUUCCGCUCUCGGCUCUCUGUGUCGGCCUCCAAGUGGGCCCUCGCUCGUGGCAGGAUGUUGCCUCCUGGCCACCCAAUUUCGGUAGUGUUCGCGAAGCAUACAGCAUUCGCCGCUUCUGGGGGUACACCUGGCACCAGCAGCUGCGACGGCAGGCUGGUGCGCCUGGUGCAUAUCUUAUUAGCUUGUUGCCGGACAGUGUGACGAUGUCUAAACGGACGUCUGUUCGACUGGGGAGACGGUACUCACUCCUCUUAAUGACCUUUGUCGUCUCAGGGUUAAUUCAUGCGUGUGGAACCUACCAAGUGACACGAGCGCUUGGCCUGCCCUUGUCGGACGGCGGGGAGAUGAAGUAUUUUGUGUUGCAGGGGAUGGCAAUCAUAGCCGAGGAUUUUGGUUGUUGGGUGCUGGGUAUUGAUGAUCGGGGAACAAAGCCCGGGGUAAUGCGACGAUGGAUGGGAUAUGCGAUAACGUUAUCAUGGUAUGUCUGGAGUCGCGUACACCUGAAAGGUGUACCGGUAGCUUUAGCGAUGGGGAAUGAGGAUGAGAGGGGGAACUUGUUUGCUGCGUUGGAGCUGGUUCGACAGUCUGCUGUGGCGGUGCCGGGCAAUUUCGUAGCGAGCGCCUGGGAGCUGGUUUGGUGA